CAACCUCUCUGUCUCUCUCUCUCUCUCUGUGCGUCUUUAUUUUCUUUCAUUAAUUAUCAAAUUACAUAUGUAAUAUACUAGAGAGAGAGAGAGAGAGAGAGAGAGAGAGAGAGAGAGAUUACUUAUAAGGGUUUGUUAGCCUUGACGUUUGCAUCAAUCCCUCAUCCUUUCCUCUCUACUCUCUAACGGAAAACACCUCUCCAUCUUCUCUUCUUCUUCUUCUUCUUCUUCUUCUUCUUCACCGGAUAUUAUUAUUAUUUUCUUUUCUCUUUGCCCACCACACACUCUUCUUUGUACCUACUUGAGCAAGAACCCCUCUCCUAGUUCCUUAUAUAUUCCUUUCUAUAUCUACCUAUUCAGAGCUUUUCUACCUAGUUUUUAUUUCUUCUUCCUCUACGUCUUCUUCUUCUUUAAUUUAUUCCCAAGGACAGAAGAAGAAAGCAAUAGUCUUCUUGAGCUAUAGCUAGCUAGGGUUUUCCGUACUUCUUUUUAUUCGUUGGAUAUUAUUGGAUUCUUUCUGUCUUUCUUUGUAUAAUAACAAGAUCAAGAUAUGUGUACCAGAGGCCAUUGGAGACCAGCUGAAGAUGAAAAGCUUAAAGAAUUGGUCGAACGUUACGGUCCUCAUAACUGGAACGCCAUAGCUGAAAAGCUUCAAGGAAGAUCAGGGAAGAGCUGUCGGUUGAGAUGGUUUAAUCAGCUGGAUCCAAGAAUCAAUCGGACACCUUUUACAGAAGAGGAAGAAGAAAGACUUCUUGCUUCUCAUCGAAUCCAUGGCAAUAGAUGGGCAGUUAUUGCAAGGCUUUUUCCUGGGCGAACAGACAAUGCUGUCAAGAAUCACUGGCAUGUUAUUAUGGCAAGAAAAUGCAGAGAAAGAUCACGACUUCAAGCUAAAAGAGCUGCUCAAUGUUUAGUAAACGAGCAGAAACAGUACUCUUCCUCCUCAUCGAAGCAUGAUCCUGUCUUGAUGAACUGUGAUGCUAUCAAUCUUUCUUCCUUCGUCGAUAGAUACUGCGAAAGAUACUAUAAUCAGUAUCCUUUCCCUCACAACUAUCGACCCUUUUGCCAAGGCAGUGAGAAUCCAAGUCAAUAUGCAGGUAAAAAACAGCCGGUCGAGUUUUAUGAUUUUCUCCAAGUAAACACUGACUCUAGCAAAAGUGAAGUGAUAGACAAUGCAAGGAGAGAUGAUGAGGAAGUGGAUCAAGAACAGAAGAGAAAGGCUGGUUUGGCAUUCAUUGAUUUUUUAUCUGUUGGGAACUCCUCGUCGACCUAGUGGCAUCAUAAAUGGUGAAUUGGUGAUUCAUGAUCAAAUGAUAACAUUUUCCUUCUUCUUCAGAUAAAGAAUUGACCUUAGAUAUAUUACACACUGUAAGCAUAACCGAUCGAUAUUGCUAUAUAUAUAUAUAUAUAUAUAUACUACAAUUGCAUUGACAAUGUAUAUACAUAUGUAUAUAUAUAUAUAUACAUAUUUAAUUAAGAUUCAGAGACAUAUACGUACAUGUAUAGAUAUAUGUAUGUAACAUGUAGGUUUGUUAACAUGAACAGCCAUUCAGAACAUGUAUCCAAAGAAAAAGCAGAAGCUUUAUCCAAGAUUUUUAUGUAAAAAGAAAAACCCAUUAAUUCUAGCCUCUUUAUAUUUUGUUUAUUAAAAUCCAUAUAUAGAUGAAGAAUGAUCUGUGCACCAUCUUAA